AUCGACCUGACGUAAUCGUCUCAGUAACCCCAGGCAUUCCAACUCCUCUGCGUUUUUUGAUGUUCAUAUAUCUCAGCGUUUCGCCCAGGCGGGUUAAAAGUGUGUGCCUACGCGAUCACGGGUGCAGUGGAUGCCGUUCUACUGGAAAAUGUAACACUGCUAUGAUGGGUGUUUUUGACAACAGCGGGAUUUCUACAUAUUUCUUUGGUGGAAUUCUCUGAGCAGUGCUGACACCAUAUCGUCAUUUUAGUUUACGCGGCUCACCGUUUUCUAUGGUGUUUGGGUCGUCCGCCUGCGGAUCUCCGUGAGAACAAAACCCUGCCUGGACGGCGGAAAGCCAUUGUGCAGAAACAAAAGCGGGAGAAGCCGCUGCAGCCGCGACCAUGUCCGGGGCCUCUGUGAAAGUGGCGGUGAGAGUGCGGCCCUUCAACUCCAGGGAAACCGGCAAGGAGUCCAAGUGCAUCAUCCAGAUGCAGGGCAACUCCACCACUAUUUUGAACCCCAAAAAUCCAAAGGAACCAGCAAAGUCCUUCAGCUUUGAUUACUCCUACUGGUCACACACUUCGCCGGAAGACCCCUGCUUCGCCUCACAGUGCCUGGUUUACAAUGACAUUGGAAAGGAGAUGCUGCAGCAUGCCUUCGAGGGCUACAACGUCUGCAUCUUCGCCUACGGCCAGACGGGGGCCGGAAAGUCCUACACCAUGAUGGGCAGGCAGGAGGAGGGGCAGGAGGGCAUCAUUCCCCAGCUCUGUGAAGACCUCUUUGAGAAAAUCAAUGACAACAACCAGGAGGAGCUCUCCUACUCUGUGGAGGUCAGUUACAUGGAGAUCUACUGCGAGAGGGUGCGGGACUUGCUGAACCCCAAGAACAAAGGGAACCUGCGUGUGCGAGAGCACCCCCUGCUGGGGCCCUACGUGGAGGACCUGUCCAAGCUGGCCGUCACCUCCUACACGGACAUCGCCGACCUGAUGGACGCGGGGAACAAGGCCAGGACUGUGGCCGCCACCAACAUGAACGAGACCAGCAGCCGGUCCCACGCCGUCUUCACCAUCGUCUUCACUCAGAGGAAGCACGACAGCGAGACCGACCUCUCCACGGAGAAGGUCAGCAAAAUCAGCCUGGUGGAUCUGGCUGGCAGUGAGCGAGCGGACUCCACAGGCGCUAAGGGGACCCGGCUAAAGGAAGGGGCGAACAUCAACAAAUCACUGACCACACUGGGGAAGGUCAUCUCCGCGCUGGCUGAGGUGGAUAACUGUACCAGCAAGAGCAAGAAGAAGAAGAAGACCGACUUCAUCCCGUACCGAGACUCCGUGCUGACGUGGCUGCUUCGGGAAAAUCUGGGUGGAAACUCCAGGACCGCCAUGGUCGCCGCUCUCAGUCCUGCAGACAUAAACUACGACGAGACCCUCAGCACACUGCGGUACGCGGACAGGGCCAAGCAGAUCAAGUGCAACGCUGUCAUCAACGAGGACCCCAACGCCAAGCUGGUGCGUGAGCUGAAGGACGAGGUCUUUCGUCUGAAGGACCUCCUGCGCGCGCAGGGGCUGGGAGACAUCCUGGACAACCUGAAAGACAUACACAACAGUAAGCAUAGGUACUUGCUAGCCUCAGAGAACCAACGGCCUGGCCAUUUCUCCACAGCGCCCAUCGGCUCGCUCACCGCCUCCCCGUCCUCGGGCCAGCUCGGCCAGGCCGGGCUGCAGUCCGUCACCAGCAUCCAGGAGCGCAUCAUGUCCACGCCGGGAGGGGAGGAGGCCAUCGAGCGGCUCAAGGAAUCGGAGAAGAUCAUCGCAGAGCUCAAUGAAACCUGGGAGGAGAAGCUGAGGAAGACUGAGGCCAUCCGCAUGGAGAGAGAGGCACUGCUGGCGGAGAUGGGCGUGGCUAUCCGUGAAGACGGAGGAACUCUGGGCGUGUUCUCGCCGAAAAAGACUCCUCAUCUAGUUAAUCUGAACGAAGACCCUCUGAUGUCAGAGUGUUUGCUUUACUACAUAAAAGAUGGGAUCACAAGGGUGGGGCUGGCGGACGCGGAGAGGAGGCAGGACAUCGUCCUGAGCGGCGCCCACAUCAGGGAGGAGCACUGCGUCUUCCGCAGCGAGAGGAACCUGAACGGAGACGCUGUCGUGGUCUUGCUCAUACCGUGUGAGGGGUCGGAGACGUACGUCAACGGCAAGCGCGUGGACUCUGCAGUCCAGCUUCGCUCAGGCAACCGCAUCAUAAUGGGCAAGAACCACGUGUUCCGGUUCAACCACCCGGAGCAGGCGCGGGCGGAGAGGGAGAAGACGCCCUCCGCGGAGACCCCCGUGGAGCCCGUGGACUGGACCUUCGCCCAGAGGGAGCUGCUGGAGAAGCAGGGCAUUGACAUGAAGCAGGAGAUGGAGAAGAGACUGACUGAAAUGGAGAUUUUGUACAAGAAGGAGAAGGAGGAGGCGGAUCAGCUUCUCGAACAACAAAGAUUGGUGUAUGAGAGCAAACUGCAGGAGCUGCAGAAGCAGGUGGAGACCCGCUCGCUGGCUGCUGAGACCCCCGAUGAAGAGGAGGAGGAAGAGGAAGAAGAGGAAGUUCCAUGGACGCAGCACGAGUUUGAGCUGGCGCAGUGGGCCUUCAGGAAGUGGAGGUACCAUCAGUUCACCUCUCUCAGGGACCAGCUGUGGGGCAGCGCCGUGUACCUGAAGGAGGCCAACGCCAUCAGCGUGGAGCUGAAGAAGAAGGUGCAGUUCCAGUUCGUUUUGCUGACGGACACCCUGUACUCCCCCCUGCCCCCCGAACUGCUGCCCCCGGAGCCGGAGAAGGAGCGCGACCCUCGCCCCUUCCCCCGCACGGUGGUGGCCGUGGAGGUGCAGGACCUGAAGAAUGGGGCCACGCACUACUGGUCCCUGGAGAAGCUCAAGCAGAGGCUGGACCAGAUGAGGGAGAUGUACGACCGUGCUGGGGAGAUGACCCCAUCCAGCCAGGAGGACAGCGAAGGAACCAUGACCGGGAGCGACCCCUUCUACGACCGCUUCCACUGGUUCAAGCUGGUGGGGAGCUCCCCGAUCUUCCAAGGCUGCGUGAACGAGCGCCUGGCGGACCGCACGCCCUCGCCCACCUUCUCCACGGCGGACUCCGACAUCACGGAGCUGGCGGACGAGCGGCAGAGCGAGAUGGAGGACUUCCUGGACGACGAGGCCUUCGCGGACGACGCCAGCUCCGACGCGGGCACCGAGGAGGGCUCGGACAUCUUCAGCGACGGCCAGGACCCCUUCUACGACCGCUCGCCCUGGUUCAUUCUGGUGGGAAGGGCGUUUGUGUACCUGAGUAACCUGCUGUACCCCGUCCCCCUGGUCCACCGCGUGGCCAUCGUGACGGAGAAGGGCGAGGUGCGGGGUUUCCUGCGCGUGGGGGUCCAGGCCAUCGCAGCUGACGAGGAGGCCCCUGACUACGGGUCGGGAGUGCGACAGUCUGGCACCGCCAAGAUCUCCUUCGAUGACGAGUACUUCAAAACGAGCGACUUCUCCACAGUGGCCUUGACCCGCUCUGGCCUCUCAUUGGAGGAGCUGCGCAUUGUGGAGGGUCAAGGUCAAAGUUCGGAGGUCAUCACACCCUCGGAGGAAAUGAAUAGAAUUAACGAAAUGGAUCUGAAGCGGGGCAACGCGGACCCCAAGGUGGGCCUGUCGGAGGGGCUGGGGGGGCACCUGGAGGUGGGCAGCAUCUUCACCUUCCGCGUGACCGUGCUGCAGGCCAGCGGCAUCCUGCCCGAGUACGCCGACAUCUUCUGCCAGUUCAACUUCCUCCAUCGCCAUGACGAAGCCUUCUCCACGGAGCCCCUGAAGAACGCCGGGAAGGGCAGUCCGCUGGGCUUCUACCAUGUGCAGAACAUCGCGGUGGAGGUCACCGAGUCCUUCAUCGAGUACAUAAAGACCAAGCCCAUCGUGUUCGAGGUGUUCGGGCACUACCAGCAGCACCCUUUGCACCUGCACGGGCAGGACCUCAUCAGGCCACCUCAGCCUUCCAGGAAAUACUACCCCCCUCCCAUGCCCCUGUCAAAACCAGUGCCGGCCACCAAACUGAACACCAUCAGCAAGUCUAACCUGGGCCAGUGGAUCAGCAAGUACGACCUGCUGGUGUGGUUCGAGAUCAGCGAGCUGGAGCCCACAGGAGAGUACAUCCCAGCAGUUGUGGACCACACCGGGGGUCUGCCCUGCCAUGGGACCUACCUUUUGCACCAGGGUAUCCAGCGGCGGAUCACGGUCACGCUGAUCCAUGAGAAGGGCAGCGAGCUGCACUGGAAGGACGUGCGGGAGCUGGUGGUCGGUCGGAUCAGGAACAAGCCGGAGGUGGACGACACUGCAGCCGAUGCUGUCCUGUCCCUCAACAUAAUCUCAGCCAAAAACAUCAAGUCAUCUCACAACUCCAACAGGACUUUCUACCGGUUUGAGGCUGUGUGGGACAGCUCCUUGCACAACUCACUCCUUCUGAACCGUGUCACGCCCUACGGAGAGAAGAUCUACAUGACCUUGUCCGCCUAUCUGGAGCUGGACCACUGCAUCCAGCCCGCCAUCAUCACCAAAGACAUCUGCAUGGUGUUCUACUCCAGAGACGCCAAGAUCUCCCCGCCCCGCUCCCUCCGGAGCCUGUUCGGCAGCGGCUACUCCAAGACCCCGGACUGCAACAGGGUGACGGGAAUCUACGAGCUGAGCCUGUGCAAGAUGGCUGACACAGGAAGCCCAGGCAUGCAGCGACGGAGGAGGAAGGUGCUGGACACGUCUGUGGCGUACGUGAGGGGGGAGGAGAAUUUGGCGGGUUGGAGGCCCAGGGGGGACAGUCUAAUUCUGGAGCACCAGUGGGAGCUGGACAAGCUGGAGCAGCUGCAUGAGGUGGAGAAGACGCGCCACCUGCUGCUGCUGCGGGAGAAGCUGGGCGAGGCGGCGGCCAAGUCGCUGAGCGACUCGCUGUCCCCGAGCGCCAGCAGCGGCACGCUCAGCACCUCCACCAGCAUCUCCUCCCAGAUCUCCAGCGCCACCUUCGAGAGCGCCCUGACGCCCAGCGAGAGCAGCGGCUACGACUCGGCCGACAUCGAGAGCCUGGUGGACCGCGAGAAGGAGCUGGCCACCAAGUGCCUGCGGCUCCUGACUCACACCUUCAACAGCGAGUACAGCCAACUGUGCAGCAGCAUCAGCGACUGCAAGCUGUCGGACAUCUCCCCCAUGGGGCGCGACCCGUCCGUGACCAGCCUGAGCAGCGCCACCCUCACCCCCUCCUCCACCUGCCCCUCCCUGGCUGAAUCCCGCUGCAGCUCCAUCGACCAGAAGACCCCCGAGGCGAACUCCCGCGCCACCAGCCCCUCCUGCUCGGACUACGAGAACUUCCCCAUGGUGGCCAACGUGGAGACGUCCUACCUGGCCCGGGCCGGCAAGAACGAGUUCCUCAACCUGGUGCCCGACAUCGAGGAGAUGAGGCCCGGGUCGGUCGUGUCCAAGAAGGGCUACCUCAGCUUCAUGGAGCCGCGCUCCAACUCCUGGGUGAAGCACUUCGUGGUGGUGCGCCGGCCGUACGUCUUCAUCUACAACAACGACAAGGACCCCGUGGAGAGGGGCGUGCUCAACCUGUCCACGGCCCAGGUGGAGUACAGCGAGGACCAGCAGGCCAUGCUCAAGACUCCCAACACAUUUGCUGUGUGCACAAAACACCGAGGAAUACUUCUGCAAGCCAAUAACGACAAAGAUAUGAAUGACUGGCUGUAUGCCUUCAACCCACUGCUGGCAGGAACCAUAAGGUCCAAGCUGGCGAGGAGGCGAUCUGGCAUGUUGAAGAAGUGAGAGAGGCGUCUCGUCCCCCAGCGUAGGAAGCAGCGCUCCUGUUCUUCUCACAAAGCCUUUGAACAUACCGAGUGUUAACUCUUACUAAUCUUUGUGACUAUUGACGGUUUUCUCUUGUACGUAGACCUGUGGCUUAAGUCUCCUCUCAAGCAACUUGAGUUCAAGUUCCUGAAAACCUGCGCCCACGACCCUACCCCAAACCUCUCCCCCUCCCUCCCUCUCUCCCUCUCUCGCCUAGCCUCUUGUGUUUUCUUCCAAUUCGUCCCUUCCUUUUGUUUUCUUUUGUCAUACCUAGUCCUACUAGUUGCAUGUUGUAAAGCAGUCUGUGCAUGAUUCUUCAGAACAGUUCUCCUCUCCACGCACUGAGUUACUAAGUGUCUGUAAAAAAAAAAAUUGUCCUUUAUUCAGUGUUAAGUCAGGAACUUUUCUUGUGCCCGCAUAGCAAGAGCAACAAUCCUCAGGAGAAGGGCGGGUUUGCUUACAGAUCUGACGCAAGCGUUAAAGGCGGGGUCCAGCGAAUGCACGCUCAGUGAGCGUCGCCAGAUUGCCAGCUGCAGGACAGUCAGCCUGUUUUUAACCGACGCCGAGAGGCGGCUUACAGACAUGGACUUCUGUCCGUUAAUGAACAGAAUUUCCAUCUGGUUUUUCAACAAUGUAUUAUUACCGAAACAGGUCAAAAUAGUUCUUUGAAAAAAAUGUGUAAUGGUGUAACAUGACUUUUCAACUAGGGAUCCCUAAGCAAAUUUGAAAAAAAAUUAAAUAUUAAUGUAAAUAUAAUAUAAAGUUUUGCUCACUUGCAGUAAUUAUCAAUAUAAACCAAAUUGCAAAUAAUGAGCUUGCUAUAGCUAACACAUACUUUAUUUACAUAUGUGAGCUACAGCAACAUCCUGUGCAGGUUACAUGUUUGCCAAGAGGGGUGGGGUGGGGGGGGGGGGGUGUUCCUGUGGUCUGUGACCCUCUGGAGCAGGUCCUGGCUUAAAAAAUGUAGAAACCCCCUUCGCUAGAUGAACCACUGUGUCAAAAGAGGACGAAAGGUGAUGGAUUCCUUUCCCCUCUGUCUGGUACCUGUAUGUACUGUUGAGUACUUUCUGUCAGUGCUGUGUAACAUUAAAUGACAUUAAAUGACACUAUAUUGAUAUAGUGUCCAGCAUGAACGGUAACAUUACAGAAAAAAAAGGCAUAUUAAAUUUGCCGAGUGAAUCGUAUGUUCUUUGACAGUUUUUAGGCAUCCAGUGUAAGUUACUGACAGAUUUGAUGGCUGAAGAAUAUAUAAAGAUGUUUCUGUUUUGGUCAGAAAAUGCAUGAUUGGCCAACAAAUGGGCUUGUGUGGAAAAAUCUUAUAGAAUGCCCUUGCAGGAUGAGAUGGGAAUUGAGGCUUUCUUCGUGAAGAAGGCUCUCCAUUGCCCUGUCCUUGAAUGCUCCAGCAUCCAGCAGGCAGGACGCAGUGUGGACCAGUAACAGACUGGUGAUCCACCGGGGGGGGCGCAAACUUAGUGAUGGGAUGCCUACACCUGUCCCUCAAUACCUGGAUUAAAGUGAUCUGAUGUGUCUGUUAUGACCUUGUUAAUUAUUUGAUGAAGGUACUCUUAACUGCAGUAUGGUCAUGAAUCUCAGGUUCCUGAUUCAGGCCGUCAGGCAGGCUAUUACUGGUUCUCUUGGGUGCUGUAAGGUGAUGUAGGGUAGGGCCAGAUUCAUACUCCGUUUUAUGGCAGUUGGACAUCAGCAUUAUGAAGAUUAUGCACCCUUGAUGCUACCUUUUCUCUUAACCCUAUUCAUUCUGAUUACGCCAUCUUUUAUUAUUAACGUUUUUUGUACCUCCCAUGUUGUUUUGCACAGACAUGAAUGCAUGUGAAGGGUGGAUCAUGCCAGCUAACAAUGCUCACGUUUGUGUUUUGCACAUUUACGUUCUUGAUUGUAUGGAACAGAUUGAAGUAUCAAGGAACUGUGCAAGUAAAGCCUGGUAUUUACAUUUGCUGCUUGUGCAAGCACUGGUGGAACCUAUGUUCAGAUUUAACGGUGGGAUUUCCAAUAUGUACUGUAGUGUGUCAUUGGAGACAAAGGGAUGAAAAAUGCUCUGAAUCUUUUUUUUUUCUUUCUUUUUUAAAUUAUCAGAUAUUUAUGAAACUCUUUGCUCUCACUGAUCUAGCUCCUCUAACGGCAUUAAAUUUCUGAAGUGGAGAGGGAGUGACUGGCGUAACUGAGUGCGUCUCUUCUGCGAUGUCGUGUUACGGUGACGUUUUCUCAUUGAAGUAUGCAAACCAAUGAGAUGCAGGACCCCCUGGCCAUCCAACCAGUAGGGGCCUGUGCUGAAACACAGUGGAAGGACGUAGUCUCUGUAUAGGCUUUUGAAACCAAGGAACCAAAGGUCACUGUUGCUCCCGUUCCUCCCUCUGCAUUCCACUGUAGAAGAGCCAAAAUGGCUGCCCAUGGAGGAGACUCUGUUUCCUUCCGUAGGCCCUUGGAUUUCUGAGAACAGUUGAACAGGCACGGAAUAAAAAAGAUUCUUUGUCUCUGAGGUCAGCCAGCCUCAAGAGCAAAGACUGAACUUCAGAUGGAAUCUGUUGCAUUUGUCACCCGAUGUCUGUUAACUGUUUGAAGAAAUCCACACUGCAAACUCCAAAUCUUUUCGAAGGAAAUCGUUUUAUUACCUUCCUGCACAAGUUAUUUGCACUGUUACUUUUUUUGUUACUAUAUGCACACAUGGUUGAACUAUGAAGUGUCUGAGGGAAAAUGUACGGAUCUAUUAACUGUCAGUGCAGGUGUUCUUUUUGAGUUGCUUGUUUACUAAAGUUUAAUUAUCAGUUGUUUCAUCGCUUGUAUAUAUUAAGUUUGCAUCUCUUUGCACACAGUGAAAGGGUAUAAAACCAACUGGUCAAUGAAGGUCAUCACAGCAUUUCAGCAAUUCCACAAGAGUUUUGUGGCCAAAGGAAGUGCGUCUCAGAUUUGUCACUGGAAGCAUUUAAAGUUCCUGGGAGAAGGGGUUUUGAUUCUGUACUAUGUAGACUUGUAUGCACACAAGAAUAGCAGAUACAAGUAAGAAAAGAAUUAUAAUCCAAAAGGCUUUUAAUUCAGAUAAUUUUUAUUCUAGUUCAUUUUAGGCCAUCUCAUUUCUAGUGUAGUUUAAAAUGAACUUGGUUCAUCAUUAAACGACAGACACUUCAGACAUAAUACAGUGAUAGCCUGGUUCUGUGCUAUAUAAUUAUGUUGAUGUAGGCCUAUAUUAGGUUUUUGGGUAUUGUUUUGUUUUUUUUGAAUCGGGUAGUACCUUUCAACAUAAUUUGAGACCAGCUAUGGCUGAGGCUUUCAAAAAAGAGCAGCUUACCAGUUUAUUAAGGAGUUUUCACCCCCUCAAUACUGUCCACCCUGCCUUUGAAGCAAAGCUAACACAAAAAUGAUACCACCUCCCUUCUGGUAGGGACAUGUCAUUUUAAACUACCUGUUGACAUUCCCUCUGUUGUCUUUAGUAGACAAAGCAAACAUUAAUACUGUACAUUAUUUGACAGAUUGGCAUCAUUUUCAUACUGAUUUUGUAAAUAUAUGUGUUGUAUGGAGCUCAAAUUAAAAUGUAAAUACGUUUCAUGUAUUUGUAAUAAUUAUAAUCCAUUCGCUGUAUAGCCUAGAUGUGUCAUGCAGAUCUCUUAAUUCUGUGUAUGGUAAUCUUGCACCAUUGAACUGUUUAGUUUAGUGAAUGAAGUAACAAUAAAAGUACAUCCAGUGCAUUAG